UACGCUGCUUUUGACACGUGUUUCUAAAGAUGGCAGCUUGCAUGUAUGCAUAACUGCACAGUGCUUUUAGAGCUCCUUAAUGUUUCAUAGUGAAGAACAAGGAGAUUUGACACUGCAGAGCAAAAUGACAGAUGUUGCUGCUGACAAGACUGAUCCAGCUGGUUCAUUAUCCAGCACAGAGAAGGAACCAGAUGACCUAAUAGAAGAGAAAAACCAAGAGAAUCAGCCAGCAGCAGAAGGAGAGGGUGCAGCAGGUGGUGUGUAUCGUUACAUCAAAGAAGAUCUCUUCACCUCAGAGAUCUUUAAAGUUGAGAUUCAAAACUUGCCCAAGUACAUUGGUUUUAAUGACCUGAAGAAGUUUCUCAACAAGCAUGGGAUCAAUCCUCACAAAAUCAAGCUGUUUAGCAAACAGAUGUUUGCCUUUGUCACUUUUAAGAACCAGGAGGAAAGGGACAAGGCCAUGAAGGCAGUGCACGGCAUGCAAUGGAAGAGUAAAGUGCUGAGUGUACGGCUAGCCAAGCCCAAAGCUGAUCCCAUCCUCAAGAAGAGGAAACUAGAGGAGGAAGCGGAAGGUGGACAGCCUGGUACAAAACGUGCUGCGGGUAGCCAGGAGGUAGAGGAGAAUGAAGAAGAGCCUCUCAAUAUCCAGAUUGCCAAUGCUGUGACACCCUUGUGGAACGUACCUUAUGAAGAACAGCUGAAAAGGAAAGAGAAAGAAGUUGAAGGUGUUCUCCAGAAACUGACCAGAGAAAUUGGCAACAACAACAAAGCCAUGCUUCCCUGGCUGUUUGUUCAAAAAGAGAAAUACAACAAAAUAUGCUGCCCACUCGAGGCCAUACGACCAUCACCUGUGCAGACAGAGUACAGGAAUAAGUGUGAGUUUGUGAUUGGAGUGGGAGCAGAUGGAGAGGAUAAGACUGUGGGCUUUCGUUUGGGUAAGUAUAAAGGAGGAUCCUGUGCAGUAGUGAGUCCAUCAGAAACCACCCAUGUGUCUUCAGAGGCCAAGAGGGUUGUGCAGGGAUUCCAGCAGUUCAUCAGGACAACCCCGUAUGCAGUAUACAGUCCAGAGACUUAUGAGGGUCAUUGGCGGCAGCUAACAGUACGAACAAGCAGGAUAAAGCAAACCAUGGCCAUUGUUUUCUUCAAUCCACAGAAACUCCAAGAAGAAGAAAUUGAGGAACUGAAACGAAACCUGCAUCAGUAUUUUACCGAAGGAAAAGAAAGUGGCAUCACUUCUUUGUACUUUGUGAGAAUGGGACAAAGGACAUCAGCAGGUACAGAGGACCUGCCGUGUGAACAUGUGACUGGAGAAGAAUGGAUUCAUGAAGAGCUUCUCGGACUAAAAUUCCGUAUCUCUCCACACUCAUUUUUUCAGACAAACACCCCUGCUGCUGAGGUUCUGUACUCUGCUGUGGGUGAAUGGGCUCAGCUGGACCAGGACAGCACUGUGCUGGAUGUGUGCUGUGGAACAGGAACCAUCGGCAUCUCACUGGCAAAGAGAGUGAAAAAGGUGAUUGGCAUAGAGUUGUGCCAGGAGGCAGUGGAAGAUGCUAAGGCUAACGCUGAAGUGAAUGGCUUGACCAAUGUGGAAUUCCACUGUGGAAAGGCUGAAGACGUGUUCCCCACUAUUCUAAAUGCUGUCGUAUCUCCCAGCGUCACGGCAAUCAUUGACCCCCCAAGAGCAGGGCUACAUUCCAAAGUUAUUCUAGCAAUCAGAAGAGCAGAGCAUCUUAAGAGACUCGUCUACGUCGCCUGCAAUGCCAAAGCAGCUAUGAACAAUUUUAUUGAUCUCUGCAGAGCUCCUUCUAACCGUGUGCGAGGAGCCCCCUUUCGUCCAGUGAGAGCUAUGGCUGUUGACCUCUUCCCCCAGACCAUGCACUGUGAAACCAUCCUGCUGUUUGAAAGAGUGGCCUACAGCUCUAACACUGACAUUUAGACCACAGAGACCUGACGCUCCGUUAUCUUUACCAUCUACCAUGCCAGGGUGGCUGUUUUGCUCCCAUUAAAAUGCUUUGAUGGUAGUGCUUAUGGGAAAAUUUCAAAUGUUCACUUCAGAUUUCAAGUGCUUGAUUAAAGUGCUCAAACCAUUACCAUGUUUAUUUUUUAUAUAGGCUUUUUUCCCCUCUUUUGUUUGCAUUAAAACAACCCAGUAAAAACAGCACAAGUUAUCGGUUUCUGGUCAUCAAUUUAUUUGUAUAAACAAAUCACUGCGUAUCAGCGAUCGUGUUGCAUUUUAAUAGGCAGCAUUACUUGCAGCUAAAUCAUCUAACAUUAUCCCUUCAAUGAUAGCGAUUAAAAAGCACGCAUUUCUUCAGACAACUAAUACACACUUAGCAAGACUGACAGGACAAGUCAUACACUCCAGACAUUUAUUGGGAAAGCAUAUUCUCGAAGCACUCUUAGUAUGGCAGCAGCAGCCUUGUGCUCAUGGAAAACAGGAAAGUGCCUUCACAAACGCAGUUAACAUUCAGAAGCACACAAACUAAAAUACUAGAUUCAGUGACAGUGCACUGCAGUUUUUAGUCGCUGUCCCAAGAAAACCUGACCCCCCCCCCCCAACUCAGUGUUAAACAGACUUUGACCUUCCUGUAAUAUCUUAAGGCUAGAAUAUUUUUUUCUCCCCUGACAGUUUCAGGGGAAGUGGUGGUUUUCUUUAAACGGGGACCAUAUUUUAAUCCAGCAGUUAUUGCAUUCUUUAAUAUUUUGUUGCAUGUACUGUAUAUAGGUUUAUAUAUAGUUAAUGAAUAGCUAUGCAGCAAUAUUCCAUAAUGCAUAAGACUUAAAGCUUUGGUUCACACUGUUCUUCGAGCUAUUGAAUAUAAUGACAUGAUCUGAUUUUCUUCGAGGUACGGAGUUACCG